AUGCCUCGAUCAAACACCCUUCCAAUAGACCCACCCAAAAGUACCUACACCGGCGAUGGAAGACUUAAUCGUAAUAGCACAACAAAAGUACAAUCUCAAGUUACUUCGCAAAAGCCAUUCAAAAUCCAAACAAUCCACCAAUCGACCUCUCAACCUUGCCGUCAUGGAUCGAAGAAAUCAAAUUCAUCAACUAUUACAGGAAGUUCGACUUUGAAAUCUGCGAGACCAGAUGGCUUGAAUAGACAAAAUAGCGUGCAAACGAGAUAUAUGAAUAUGCUUCUUUCUCUUGACACUAUUCCCCGGAUACUCUUGGCGGGCUUCAUAAUCUUCCCAGGCACAUUCACAUCUCUCCAAUCUCUUCCCUCUUCUUCCCUUCCCUCCGAUCUCCCAGAUGCAACCACCCAACACAUUCUCCACGCCGCGAAAAAUAUUCCUCUUCUCUGGAUCGCAAGUUUUAGCUGUGGUAUUGGUGCAAUGGGUAUGCUAUGGCUGUGGCAUACACAUCGGCGAAAUUACGUGUGGCUUUUGAAUAAGAUAUUCCUGCCGGGUUGUCUCAAUAGUGUUGCGGGAUUUGUGGGGACGCUGGUGGGGGUUUAUGGGCAGCAAAAGGGAGCGUGGAGUAUUACUGCUAGGGUUACUGCGAUAGUUACCGGCGUCAUUGCAUGUAUAACGGGCAUUCUAUUUGUUUUUUAUAAUUUCUGGUCGUUGAGAAGGGUAAAAAGUACACAUGAAAAAGAGAUGAAGAGUUUGGACGAGGGAUUUGUGGAGAAGAUUAAGAGGAAGAAGGAUGAGCCGGCGUUGGAGCCGGGAAGUGUUGUUUAGUGGGCUGGAGAUGAGAUUAUAAUGGUUAGGAGAUGGGAAAAGAUGAAAUGAUAGAUAGAUAGAUUUCAAUUGGGAGAUGGGAGAAAGGA